GAGCGAAAGAGGGAAGUAGGAACGCGAAAGAGGAGGGAGGACCGUAGCACCAUGGCUGAGGCCCAGGCAAGGACAGCACUCACACAUGGGGAAAACUGCAUCCCUCAUCCGCCAUCUCUCAUGCGUUUGGAAUUCUUUCCUGCAGCAGCCUCACCAGCAGCGCGGCCGAAAUGCUUCGUGCAGUUCACUGUCCUCUGCCGCUCGACCCAGCCUGGCGAGCAGAUGUACGCGGCGGGCUACGCGUUUGGCGGUUGCGAGAACCGAGAUGCCUUCGUCAAACUGACGUGUAAGGACACGUGGCCGACGUGGCAGUCCGAGGAAAUCGAGGUCGUACCACCGGCGAGCGGCCAGGUGGAGUACAAGUACGUGAUCAUGAACCCCAACGCCCAGCCCAAGUGGGAGGAGGCGUACGGCUCCUUCGGGCAGCAUCGCACCGCGCGCGUCGAGGCGGGCCACCUCACCACCACAUACGACCAGUGGAACGUCGUACAGGCGUGCAGCGCGCCCAAGUGCGUGCCCAUGACUACCACAGACACGACCGACUCAGGUGAGCCGACCCAGAGAGAGAGAGAGAGGGAGGGAGGGAGGGGGGCGGAGGGAGGUGAAAACGCCCAUGGAUGUGCGUGUGUGUGUGUGUGUCGAUGCAUCCAUCAUGCAGUUGAUGGCAAGAGGAAGGGCGGCGCCAUAGACGCGGAGGGAUCCGACAGCCGCGAGAGGGUGGGGAGGGUUGGGAGACCACCCUUGCACCGACCAACACAGCAAACCUGAUCGUGUGUAUGAGUGGGUGUCAGGCUCAUACCGAUGAAGUAGCGUUGGACCAGGCGGAGGAGACCGAUAAGGGGGUGGCUGAGGUACGCCAUGCCCGCCGCGUCGGUGUGUGUACGUAUACGUGUAUGUGUGUGAGUGUGGAUUUGUGUGUGUGACGCCAUGCAAUUGUUCGAGGGAGGAGAUUUCGACCAUAGCGACGUGUUGGCGGGCGGAGGGGCUGCCGAGGAGGUAUGGAGGGAGGGAGGGGUGGCACACGCGAACCAACGAAUGCGCAUCUGUGGCCAUCUGUGUGUGUGGCUGGUACACAGGCGGCUGUUAGCGUUAGCGUUGGCGAGGUGUCUGCUGCCGCUGCCCAGGAGCAGCCGCAGGUGCAGGACCAGGUAACAUGACACACUGACGGACCAAUGCGCAUUUCCGCCUGCAUGUGUGUAUUUGUCUGUCUGUGUGUGUGUGUGUGGCGUCCAGGGGGUCCAGGCUGGCGAGCAUACCAAUGUGUUGGCGGGCGGAGGGGCUGCCAAGGAGGAGCAAGAGGAGGAGCAAGAGGACGAGGAAGACGAAGACGAAGAGGAAGAGGAAGAGGUAGGGAUGUAGGGAGGGAGGGGGGGUGGGGUGGGACACACGAUCCAACGAAUGCGCAUCUGUGGCCAUGUGUGCGUGUGUGUGUGUGUGUGUGCAUCUGUGUGUGUGGCUGGUACACAGGCGGCUGUUCUUAGCGUUGGCGAGGGGUCUGGUGCCGCUGCCCAGGAGCAGCCGCAGGUGCAGGAUAAGGUAACAUGACACACACUGACGGACCAAUGCGCAUUUCCGUGUGCAUGUGUGUAUUUAUCUGAUGGGCGCCAUUUCAUCGUCUGUCUGUGUAUAUGUGUGUGUGUGGCCUGCAUGGCGUCCAGGCUGGCGGCUUCCGGACGGGAGCGGUCAGACACACAGACACUCAUUCACACACAGACAGACAGUCACUCCGUGCCGCAGCAUCCAUGUGUGCUGUUCGUGCGAUGGAUGGAUUCCUUCAGAUGGACGAUCAUGAGAUUGUGGACCACUACAACAAGCGGACCAAGGCCGAGCAGCGCCUCUUCGACAGGGCGUUUGAGCUGAUAGACCAGGGGCGAGCGGACGCCGCGCUGGACUUGUUCAUACAGAAAUGGAAACAAGCACCGGUGACUGACGGCACACACCGACCCAAACACGCCAACACAACCUGAAUACACACGUGUCUGUGUGUGUGUCUGUGUGUGUGCAGGAGGAGCAGUCGUUAGAGGAACUCAGGGAGGACAUAUGGCCAAGCGAGGACGACGAUGCCGAGCUGGUCGCCCACCACCAGCAGUGGCAGCAGAAGCCGGACAAGAUAGGCAACGCCAACACGACCCUGAACGACUUCAUCAUCAGCCUCAAGAGAACCAACGUCAGGAAGCUCAAGAGACACAUCGGCUACCGCUCAGACAAACCGUAGCGUGGGCAGCAGCACAUACCGAUAUUGAUCUCUCUCGACCUCUGGUGUGGGCGGUAGCAUUGUGACAGACAGACAGAUGGACGGGCGACUGACUGACUGACUGACGGGCGGGUGAUUGACGGGCGUGUGUAUACAUACAUACAUUCCAUGGAUGGACGGAUGGAUGGACCCAUGUGCC